AUGGCGCAAAAAGUCCAAUCACUCGCAGCAGCAGGCAUAGCAAACAUGUCCUCCGAGCCCUACGUCAAAUUCGAUGACGAAGGCGUCGAACCCAAGAUCGAAAACGAAUCAGAACUUCAGAAUCAGCUCUUCGAUAUCAUCCGCCGCACACAGGAGCAUAACUUUAGCAUGCACAGGCACGCAAUGCGAGCUACACACGUCAAGACCCAAGCGAUUGUGAAAGGGCAGCUGACGAUUUUACCUGAUUUGCCAACAGAGCUUGCUCAGGCGAUCGCGUCUCCAGAGAACGCGAAACGAGCACAUUCAGUAGCCAUCCGCUUUGCAAACGAGCCAUCUUUCUUACAGGAUGAUCGCGCGCCAGGACCGCGAGGCUGCGGUAUGAAGGUCUUCGAUGUAUCGGGUAACUUUAUGGAUUCCCAUGGUUCGAAAACAAAGACUCAAGAUCUCACUUUCAACAAUGCGCCACUCCUUGAGCUACGAGAUGUAAAGACUACCGUUGAGAUCUUUACGAUUCGAGAGCGGCAUUUUCGCGAACCAGAGAAGAUUGGGCUGGAGUUGGAUAAGCGGAGUGAUAGGUCGUUGCAGAAGGCGCCGAUGCAGCUUCCCAAUCAGCAUUUUCUGAGUUAUACGAUGUACUCGCAGUCGGCGUAUCGGUGGGGUCCGUAUGUGGUGAAGUAUGCGCUGUUUCCGACUGGGGAGUAUCAGGCUGCACUCGAGAAGUCGCAUAAGAUUACUGAUUCUUCGUCACCGGAGCAGCAUUCGAAGUGGUUAAGGGAGUGGUUUAGAGGCACUCAGGAUGCGACGUAUGACUUGAGAGUUCAGCUGUGUCAGAAUUUGAGGGCACAAUCAGUUGAGGACGCGAGUCUUGCGUGGGAUGAGACUGCUUUUCCUUACCGGACUGUGGGGAAAUUUGUGCUGCCUGCUGGGCAGGAUGUGUUUUCGUCUGAUAGGAGGACGUUUUGGGAUGAUCACAUGAAAUUGAAUGUGUGGUAUGGGCUUGAGGAGAUGAGGCCGUUGGGAAGUGUCAAUCGAUUGCGUAAGGAGUUGUAUCAGAGAAGCGCUGGAUUUAGGGGACACAUAAAUGCUGCAGAGUAUACGGAUGUGAGCAGUGUUGAUCAAAUACCAUGA